GCGGGCGGAGUGGGCAGCAUGGAGGGGGAGCCCUCCCAGCCUUCCAACAGCAGCCGGCCCCCGUGCCAGAAUGGGAGUGAUGCCGAGGCCAACCCCGCUGCAAACCUCACCUUCUGCUCCUACUACCAGCACUCCUCCCUGGUGGCUGCCAUGUUCAUUGUGGCCUACGUGCUCAUCUUCCUCCUCUGCAUGGUGGGCAACACCCUGGUUUGCUUCAUUGUGCUCAAGAACCGGCACAUGCGCACCGUCACCAACAUGUUUAUCCUCAACCUGGCCGUCAGCGACCUGCUGGUGGGCAUUUUCUGCAUGCCCACCACCCUUGUGGACAACCUCAUCACUGGGUGGCCCUUCGACAACGCCACAUGCAAGAUGAGCGGCUUGGUGCAGGGCAUGUCCGUGUCAGCUUCUGUUUUCACACUGGUGGCCAUUGCCGUGGAAAGGUUCCGCUGCAUCGUGCACCCUUUCCGCGAGAAGCUGACCCUGCGGAAGGCGCUGGCCACCAUCGCGGUCAUCUGGACCCUGGCCCUGCUCAUCAUGUGCCCCUCGGCCGUCACGCUGACCGUUACGCGCGAGGAGCACCACUUCAUGGUGGACGCCCGCAACCGCUCCUACCCGCUCUACUCGUGCUGGGAGGCCUGGCCCGAGAAGGGCAUGCGCAGGGUCUACACGGCCGUGCUGUUCUCGCACAUCUACCUGGCGCCGCUGGCGCUGAUCGUGGGCAUGUACGCGCGCAUCGCCCGCAAGCUGUGCAAGGCCCCGGGGCCCGCGCGCGCCGGCGAAGAGGCGGCCGGGGAGGGCGGCCGUGGCGCCCGGCGCAGGGCCCGGGUGGUGCACAUGCUGGUCAUGGUGGCGCUGUUCUUCACGCUGUCCUGGCUGCCCCUCUGGGCCCUGCUGCUGCUCAUCGACUACGGGCAGCUGAGCGAGCCGCAGCUGCACCUGGUCACCGUCUACGCCUUCCCCUUAGCCCACUGGCUGGCCUUCUUCAACAGCAGCGCCAACCCCAUCAUCUACGGCUACUUCAACGAGAACUUCCGCCGCGGCUUCCAGGCCGCCUUCCGCGCCCAGCUCUGCCCGCCGCCGUGGGGGAGCCACCGGGAGCGUCCCAGCGGGCUCCUGCGCACGCGGGUCUUCGUGGAGGUGCAGCCCAGCGACUCGGGACUAGCCUCCGAGUCGGGCCCGAGCAGCAGGGCCCCCAGGCCCGGCCGCCUCCCGCUGCACAAUGGCCGCGUGGCCCCCCCUGGCUUGGCCGCCGAGGGUCCCGGCUUUUCCCAUAUGCCCCUCACCAUACCAGCCUGGGACGUUUGAGUGCGACAUGGAGAGCAGGCCCCUGAACCCGAGGGCCCCGGCUGGACACGUGACACCCAGGCAUGCUAGCGGCCUGGUGUGGUGUUAGGAGAGGGUGCCAUGUGCCUCCCUCUCAAAUACAAGGCAGUGAGCAGUUAGUUGCUAGUGGAAUCUUCUCUGCCACCUCCCCCUCAGACAGAGGCAAAGGCGGGUAAGGGAAGAGGAGCCUUGUUCCCCCAAAACCCUUCUGUGUGGUAGAAGCCGCCGGCAUCAUCCCACUGAAUUCUCAAAACGCUUUCGGAACAGGGGUUUUUCAUCCCCAUUCUAAAGAUGUGAAACUGAGGCUAGAAGAGAUGAGGCUAGCCCAGUCUCAGCUGGAAACCCUACAGGAGUCUGUGUGACUCCAGUGCCUGAUGGUUUUGACCAUCUCCAGCUGUCUCCAGAAGGACCCCCGUAAGGCGAACACAGUGAAAAGUGUAAAUCCUAAUUAGGCAGCUGGGAAGAAGCGAAAAGCAAGGCUGGCCUGGCCAUCGGAUGCUUGGUGUCCACGUCCUGGUGUCCUGUAUGUAUGAUUGAAGC